AUGGCGCUCGAUAACUUCUACCAUAACAAAAUCGAAUCACUCAAGCUCGAAAUCAUCCAAGGCCAAGCAGUCUUGCGGCGGUUAGAAGCACAACGAAAUGACUACAACUCGAGAGUGCGCCUACUACGAGAAGAGCUGGGACUGCUGCAACAGCCAGGCUCAUACGUCGGCGAAGUGGUCAAAGUGAUGGGCACCAAGAAAGUCCUCGUCAAAGUGCACCCAGAAGGCAAAUAUGUUGUCGAUAUUGCCGACAGCGUGGACAUCGCAAAGUUGACUGUCGGCAAGCGGGUGUCCCUUCUAUCCGAUUCGUACAAGCUCGAAAAGAUGCUUCCUUCAUCAGUCGAUCCCCUGGUUUCUCUGAUGAUGGUUGAAAAGGUGCCGGAUAGCACAUACGAUAUGAUUGGUGGUCUAGAUCAACAGAUCAAGGAGAUCAAAGAAGUCAUUGAACUCGGCCUCAACCACCCAGAACUCUUUGAAUCACUCGGCAUCGCUCAACCAAAAGGCGUCCUGCUGUACGGCCCGCCCGGGACAGGAAAGACCCUGCUUGCCCGGGCCGUCGCCCACCAUGCCGACUGCAAGUUUAUCAGAGUCUCGGGAUCGGAGUUGGUACAGAAGUACAUUGGUGAGGGAAGCAGGAUGGUCAGAGAACUGUUUGUCAUGGCAAGAGAACACGCACCCAGCAUCAUUUUCAUGGAUGAAAUCGACAGCAUAGGUUCUAGCCGUGUUGAAGGCAGCAGCGGCGGUGACUCGGAAGUGCAGCGAACCAUGUUGGAGUUAUUGAAUCAGCUGGACGGUUUCGAACCCACCAAGAACAUCAAGGUCAUCAUGGCGACCAAUCGACUGGAUAUCUUGGAUCCCGCCCUACUACGACCUGGCCGUAUAGAUCGCAAGAUCGAAUUCCCUCCACCAACGGUGGAAGCAAGAGCCGACAUUUUGAGGAUCCACUCGAGGAGCAUGAACUUGACUCGAGGCAUCGAUCUAAAGAAGAUCGCCGAGAAGAUGAACGGUUGCUCCGGUGCAGAGCUGAAAGGUGUGUGCACAGAAGCCGGCAUGUUCGCCUUGCGAGAACGACGAGUGCAUGUCACGCAGGAAGACUUUGACCUGGCAACGGCAAAGGUCCUCAACAAGCACGACGACAAGGAGGUGUCAUUGGGCAAGUUGUGGAAGUAG